AUGGAAGACUCAUAUCCUGAGGUGAAGACAUGUAUAUGUUCACCUUCAAUUCAUCCCUUGGCCUUUAGGUGCUCCAACCACAGAAGCUUAAGUCCUAAAGGUGAAAGGAAACCGCCACUAACACCAAACCACAGUUCUAGCAAUGUGAGUGCUGGCAAUGUCGUUCUUCUCAAAACAGCAAUAAGGAACUCUAUGUUAAAGAAAGGUGGCACAAAGGCUGAGUUUGCUGAAAGCAUGGUUAUAAGGGAAAAACCCCUUUCUCAGCGUCUAAAUCGUCGCAAGGCCUUCAAAAUUCGACCCUCUCCACUAUCCCUUGUGUCUAAUGCUCACCAUUUGUGA